GAUCCGGACAGGUCAGGGUUGUCAGGGCAACUGUGCACAGCGGCAUCUCGCCGCUUCCCCUCUGUGCCGUGUGCGGAACAGCUUACUGUGCCGCGGCGGGGGACAAGCCUGGGGACAGGUGCCGCGGGGGGAAGAGCCGGGAUCUGACUGCACAGGUUAGGCAGCGGACGGAGGCAGCGGACUCUGCGUGCCUUUCCUGGGGCUUUUCCGGAAGGAGAGUGCGCGUGCGUGUGUGGGGAGCGCGUGUGCAAGCAGCGGGCUCCAGCCAGCCACAUGCCCGGGGGGAGUAAGUGGGAGGGGGCGCGGAGGGGAGGUGGGGGGGCUGCUGCUAGGUGAGGGGGAACUGCAGGGCCUCAGUUGCCAAGUGGCUGGUAGUAUCUGUCAGCUGUUUGCACACUGUUUACCCAUAGGGGAUCUAUUACAAGUGCUCAAAUGAACCGGCCGCUUAGAAACUAGCAGCUUCCUGGGAGCUGCAAUUACAUAAGCAUAUAUUUUUAAUAUAAUAAUAAUUAAAAGAACUAGUAGCCGCGGUAUGCCUGGAUCUGCUACAGCUAUCCGACAAGAGAGACUGAAGAAGACCAGUGCAAGGCCAGUUCCCCUUGGUUUAUUCACCAUUAACGAGGAAGAGGAACAGCAAAAGAAUGGAAAUUCCAGAAGACCAAAAGAAAUUCAAAGCAAGAAGGGGGAGUCAUGCAGAUAUGUUGCAGCCUAUUCAAGAAAGAAGGAUUUUAGGAUGGAAGACACUGAGCUGGACUUGCCUGAAAGCUACAAAGUGCAAGAAAAGAAAACUGCCACCUCCAGCCAUCCCUCUGCUAUUUCGGGACAGAAUAGCAACUAUUCAGGAAGUAAACCAGACCCUCCUCUCGUGCUACGGGUCGAUGACCGGCAGCGGCUGGCCAGGGAGCGCCGCGAGGAGCGCGAAAAGCAGCUAGCUGCAAGAGAAAUCAUCUGGUUAGAAAGGGAAGAGCGAGCCCGGCUGCACUAUGAAAAGCACCUGGAAGAGCGGAAGAAGAAGCUAGAAGAACAGAGGCUGAAGGAGGCUCGGAGGAGGGCUGCUGUGGAGGAGAAGAGGAGGCAGAGGCUGGAGGAGGACAAAGAACGCCAUGAAGCUGUUGUACGACGGACGAUGGAAAGGAGCCAGAAGCCAAAACAGAAACCUAACCGGUGGUCAUGGGGAGGCCCGCUCCAUGGGAGCCCCAACAUCCACAGUGCAGAUCCAGACAGGCGGUCAGUUUCCACCAUGAAUCUUUCGAAACAUGUUGAUCCUGUCAUUAGCAAGCGGCUCUCCUCUUCAUCUGCAACUUUACUAAAUUCUCCAGAUAGAGCUCGCCGCCUGCAGCUCAGCCCCUGGGAGAGCAGCGUUGUUAACAGACUGCUGACGCCCACACAUUCGUUCCUGGCCAGAAGCAAAAGCACAGCGGCCUUGUCUGGAGAUACAGUUAUCCCCAUUUGUCCUCGUUCAGCAUCUUGCAGCCCCAUCAACAUCAUGCCCUACAGAGCUGCACACUCUAGAAAUCUGACAGAGCGACCCAAAUUCUCGGUAACGCCACCGGAGGGCUCUGCGAGAAGGAGGACGGUUCCCGGCACCGCGGGCUAUAAAAGAGAGAAGGAGAGAGAAAACCUACCAUUCCACUCCACAUCUGGCAUUCGGAGGGCACUGUCUCCAUCUCAUUCCAAAGCAAGAUCACCAGCUCCCUCCCGACUUUGGUUGCCAUCCAAAUCCUUCCCUCAUCUGCCUGGCACACCCAGACCAACCUCGUCCUUGCCUCCUGGAUCAGUCAAAGCGGCCUCUGCUCAGGCCCGGCCCCCAUCCCCUGGCAACAUCCGCCCUGUCAAGAGAGAAGUCAGAGUGGAACCCGACAGGAAAGAGCCUGAGAAGGAAUCCCAGAAUGCUGCCAAAGAGCCAUCACUUAAGGGCAGAACACCUUUAGUGAAGGUGGAAGAAGCCACAGUUGAAGAGGGGACACCUGCUGAGCCGGAAGCUGCUCCCGCUGCUUCAGCCCCAGCCUCGGCUCCAGCAUUGGCCCCCACUCCAGCGCCGACCCCAGGCCCAGCCCCAGCCUCGCCAUCCACUGUGACUGCCGCCACUUCCCCCAAGACCUCCGCAGGCACCACUGACCCAGAAGAGGCCACAAGGCUGCUAGCUGAGAAGAGACGGCUGGCCCGAGAGCAGAGAGAGAAGGAGGAAAGGGAGAAGAGGGAGAGGGAAGAGCUGGAAAGACAAAAGAGAGAGGAGCUGGCGCAGAAGGUGGCGGAGGAGCGGGCGCGGCGCGAGGAGGAGUCCCGCCGGCUGGAGGCCGAGCAGGCCCGGGAGAGGGAAGAGCAGCGGGAAGAGCAGCUGCGACGGCAGGCGGAGGAGCGCGAGAGGCGCGAGCGCGAGGACCAGGAGCGCGCCCAGAAGCAGAAGGAAGAAGAAGCUCGCCUUCGUGAGGAAGCAGAGAGGGUUCGGCAGGAGCGAGAGAAGCAUUUCCAGAGAGAAGAGCAGGAGCGCCUGGAAAGAAAAAAGCGACUUGAGGAGAUUAUGAAAAGAACAAGGAGAACAGAAGCUACAGAUAAGAAAACUGUUGAUCAGAGAAAUGGAGAUAUAACCAAGGGAGUUCUCACUGGAGGAACAGUGGUAUCUGCACUUCCGUGUAUGACAAACUCUCCAGGAAAUGGAGAACCAGUGGCCAGCCCACAUGCGGUUACCUCACACCAAUCGACGACAGUGACUGUGGAGAGUACUCCCAAUUUGGAAAAACAGCCAAGUGAAAAUGGAGUAUCUGUUCAGAAUGAAAAUUUUGAGGAAAUUAUAAACUUACCCAUUGGAUCUAAACCAUCCAGAUUAGAUGUCACCAACAGUGAGAGCCCAGAAAUUCCUUUGAAUCCAAUUCUGGCCUUUGAUGAUGAAGGGACACUUGGGCCCCUGCCUCAGGUAGACGGUGUUCAAACACAACAGACAGCAGAAGUUAUAUGAGCAUCUCUUCGGAAGAACCAAAGCAGAAAUUUAAAAAGAAUUUCUACAAUUAAAGGAAUUCCUUCCAUGCUAUAAAGGAGCAACCCCCUCCUCCAGUUUUCUAAAGAUUUCUUGACCAUCAUUUUGAAAAGACUUUAUUAAACCAGCUAAAGACAACAGACUGGAUAGCUUUUCUAAUAAUUUUUGUCAAUAGAGGAAAAAAAUGUUCCUUAUUCUUCAGUACUUUAAAACGGCUUUUCCAGUGUGCUCCUUCUUAGCAAAUCAUAUUUUUCUGCAUUCUCUAAAAGAUGAGAGCAUUUGGCUAUUAAAAAAAAAAAUCUGGCUGAACACGCAUGAUUUUUCACAUAAAUAUUUUGGUCUUUAAAAGCUAACAUAAAAUUGGCACAAAAAAUUUACCUUUUACAAUAUAAUACUUGAAAAGUAAGUACCUCUUUGCUCUACAAGUAGAGUGAACAGGAGAGGUGUUUAAAUUAAGCCUGUUUAAAUAUUACUGCAGAGCGUUCUAUUUGUAGAAGCAAACUAUAGGCAGGUUACCAGGUUCUUGUAAAUGCAAUUUGUACAUGGACAUUCUGCAAACCCAGCUGUCACAUUCUUGCAUCUCUUUUUGCAAAAGCAUACUAAACAGUUUUAAAAUGUGAAAAAGAAACUAUUUUUUCAGAGCAAGAAUAUAGACUGUCCUCUUAAAUAAUGUAUUUAUAAAGUUUUUCCAGAUAAACUAAUCAAAUAAAUUAGAACAACGUGACAACAUUGCAAACUUUGAUUUAUUAGAUGCAUUCCUUAUGUUGCUAUGAGAGAAUGUUCGUGAUGAUUCAGGGCUAUUUCUGAUGUCUGUACAUUGCUGCUGUCCCCAGUGAUGGUGGGACUUACCUUUGCCUUACCUGAUCACAAAUUAUUGGGGGGGGGGGCUGGAAGGGGAGUAAAGAUUUACUAUUUCUUUAAAUAAAAAAAAGAAUUUGGUUUUGCUCGUUUAAGAGCAAAGAAAACCUGAUGGGAUGUUGACUAUGUUUGGCACACGGAGCACUGUGCAGGUCACCUUCACAAACGUCCUCCUCCUGCGUGGCUCCCGUCAGCUCUGACUUUUCACUCUUCACUUUUGCUGCUGAGCUUAGCCGUGCAAGCUCGCGCUUUCAUCUACUAGCAUAAUUCAGUUUUAUUUUACCAUUUUAGAAGCUACUACUAACUAAAUGUUGAAGGAGAGGGGACUCAGAAGGAACGCUUUUGUGUGUGUGUGUGUGUGUGUGUGUGUGUGUGUGGAGUGUUUGGAAAGGUAAAUGUCUAGCAGUGUAAUAUGUUGGCUUUAUUAAAAGAGGGAUUGGGUAAUCUAUAUUGAAUGAGAAACUAUUCAUUUAUUAAAAUCCAGGCUAUAGUAACAGCUGUAAUUUGUGAAAACAUUAAUUUGGGGGUUUUCCCUAUUCUCAGUUGUCCAUGUACGUAUGUGUAGUCAUAUUAAAAAAAAAAAUCUGUUCAACAAAGUUGUUUUAUUUGUUUAAGUUGACCUAGCACGAAACACCAAAUAAAAUGUGUUUGACAUA